AUGCUUCUCGGUUUUGCAGAAGACUAUCAAAAAAUUAUAGUUAAUGCUAAACAUGAAAUUAUUUUAGUAAGAUCUCGCUCUGAUGUAAAUGCAAUAGUUAAACAUCAAGAAGUUGCAGCAAUGCCAGCUUUUAAAUUAACAAUUUCAAAAAUUGAAUGGUUGAUGCCAUAUAUAAUGCUAUCAAAUAGAAAUAAAAUGGAAAUGAUGAAAUAUAUACAAAAGGACCCAAUAAUCUCCAUUGGAUUUAGGAGCUGGGAACUGUAUGAAUAUCCAUUGCUGCCAACAACUAAUCAAAUAAUAUGGACUGUAAAAACUAGCUCACAAUUGGAAAAACCUCGUUUUGUUAUUCUUGGUUUUCAAACGAAUAGAAAAAAUGAUUGGACGAAAAAUGCUGGGAAUUUUGAUCAUUGUGAUCUAACAAAUGUGAAAUUAUAUCUUAAUUCUUCCAUUUAUCCAUAUGGAAAUUUAAAUCUCGAUAUUGAAAAAAAUCAAUAUUCUAUGUUGUAUGAGAUGUAUAAUAAUUUUACUGACUCUUAUUAUGCAACAAAAAUAGAAUCACUAUCAAAAGAUUCUUUCAUAACUCAAUGUCCAUUGGCUGUGAUUGAUUGCAGCAAACAAAAUAAGUUAUUAAAAACUGGAGCAGUUGAUGUUCGUCUUGAAUUUGAAUCGAAGAACAAUUUUCCUGGAAGAACUUCAGCUUAUUGUUUAAUUUUACAUGACAACAUUAUUGAGUAUAAACCAAUCAGCGGAAUAGUUCAUAAAUUAAGUUAA